UACAUACAUCUUCAUUCGUUUACUCCCUCCAAAGAAACCAAAUUUUCAUUUUCCGAACACUUUCGAUUUUGUACCCUCAGCAUACACACUUAUUCGUUAAAUGGCUUCUUCUAACACUUCUUGGACACGUCAGGAGAACAAACUAUUUGAAAGGGCUUUGGCGAUAUAUGACCAGGACACACCCGACCGUUGGCAUAACGUUGCUAGAGCAGUUGGUGGGAAAUCAGCUGAAGAAGUAAGGCGACAUUACGAGCUACUGAUUAGGGAUGUCAAAGAUAUUGAUUCAGGGCGUUAUCCGCUUCCUACCUACCGUUCAAAUGGAAACUGAAAUUACUUAAGCUACUCAAAAAGGUUCCUCUGAAACCAACAUGGCUCCAAAACCAGAAACAAAAUAGAGCAUCUUUGUUUUUUGAACCACCAAAAUAGAGCAUCUAAAUAAAGAUAUAUCAAUGUAUUUACUUACUUUGUGUAAUAUAUACGAAUAUGUAAGAAUUUUAUACUUUCAUGCUA